GAAGCGUCAAGUUUUAAGGUGGAACGUCAAAAAGAAGCUGGACUCAGCCUUGUUCUACAGAAUUUGAAAGUGUUUGAUGAUCAGCACAGCGGGCCCUGUGGGUAAAUGGAAGGCAAUGGCACGUCCAUCUUUACCAUCCUCUUUGGACUCCACAUUACCUGGAAUAUCUCGAGAAGUGCUGUCUGUGUCCAUGGAACCAAAAUAUCAAUGUCAGCAGUGCAAAGAUAUUCUUAGAAAACCUUUCCAAGCACAGUGUGGACAUCGCUUCUGUGUGUUCUGUUUCAAACAACUCACCAGCUCAGGGCCCAUACCCUGCGAAGCCUGUCGUGCUGAGGGUAUAUUUGAAGAGACAGUGUCAGUGCUCAAUAUUGACGUGGCAUUUCCUGAUAAUGCCGCACGAAGAGAAAUUGAUAGCUUGCCUGCAAAAUGUCCAAAUGACGGAUGUAGUUGGUCUGGAACACUGAAAGAGUAUGAGGGUCAACAUGAAGGUCGUUGUGACUUUGAACGUAUAAAAUGUGAAGCAUGUCAAGCACUCAUCUUGUCAAGUGAGAAAGAUCGCCACAAUGAGCGGGAAUGUGAGGCCAGAACCCUGAACUGCAAAUACUGCAAGGUCACAUUCAACUUUAAAGAAAUUAAGGCUCAUGAUGAAAUAUGUCAGAAAUUUCCCAUGCAAUGCAAAGACUGUGGUAAAAAGAAAAUCCCCAGAGAAAAGUUUCAAGAGCACAUCAAGUCUUGUGCAAAGUCUAAAUCGGCAUGCCAGUUCAGAGAAAUUGGCUGCAGGGCAGUGGUUGACAAUAGUAAGCAGCAGGAUCAUGAGCAGACCAGCGUGUUAGAACACAUGCGUCUCUUGCUGGCUGUGCUGUCCUCGGGAGAUUGGCAGGACGAUUCUGGACUAGGAUUGUAUCGGGGACCUGAAGACGCACCUCCAGUGGGGGCUCAUGCUGUUAACCAUAAUGCAGGAAGAGGAGGCAGUCCGGGUGUACAGCAGAAAGCCUCAGCAUUGGAGAACAUAGUGUGUGUGUUGAACAGGGAGGUGGAGCGAUCGGCCCUCACCCUGGAGGCACUGUCCCGUCAACAUCGGCUAGACCAGGAAAAGAUAGAGAACUUGGCAAACAAGGUGCGACAGCUGGAACGGAUUUUAACCACGCGAGAUCUACAGUUAGCAGAAUCAGAGCAGUCCUUGCGGGAGCUGCAGUUUUGUACAUAUGAUGGAGUUUUCAUUUGGAAAAUAGCAGACUUCUCUCGUCGCAGACAAGAUGCAGUCGGGGGCCGUGCACCUGCCAUGUUCUCACCUGCGUUCUACUCCAGUAAAUAUGGGUAUAAGAUGUGUCUGAGACUAUACCUGAAUGGUGAUGGCACAGGUCGGGGCACUCAUCUUUCUCUAUUCUUUGUGGUCAUGAGGGGCAAAUAUGAUGCACUGCUGAAGUGGCCCUUUAGCCAGAAGGUGACAUUGAUGUUGUUGGACCAGAACAACAGAGAGCACAUCAUUGACGCCUUCAGGCCUGACGUGAGCUCCACAUCCUUUCAGAGACCCAUCAGUGAAAUGAACAUAGCCAGCGGUUGCCCUCUCUUCUGCCCUCUCUCUAAGCUGGCAGGCAAAAGCUCAUAUCUUAGAGAUGACACCAUAUUUAUUAAAGCCAUUGUCGACCUCACCGGCUUAUAAAACAUUGGAAUUAUUCAUAAUAAUAA